GCACAGCAGAUCGAAGAAGCAGACAAGUUCAACAGAACAAGGAACAACAUCAUGGCGAUUGGGUUUGACACUUGUGCAAAACGGAGUGAUUGAGGGUGGUUUUGGGUUCGUUGUUAAAUGUUGAAAGCCUUCAAGAGUGCGUAUCAUAGUAAAGACAACUCUCUUUUGAAAGAACGAACGGAAAAGAAAGACGAAAACCAUGUGAAGGAUCCAAUCCUCGAAGAUGUCGGCAGGGCGAUCAAACUGCUGCUGCAGUACGGCCUUGGAGAGGAUAAAAUUGGAUCCAGCUGUUGGGUAGCGCAGGAUCUGUGUCACCGCCUCGACCAUGCUCUGCGACAUGGUCUGCGGAGGCCGACGGCCGGUUAUUGGCCGCUCGUGCGACCCUUUACCCACACGGACAACGUGAAAAUGCUGGAGAGGAAUUGUUCAAAGAGAAGAGCCACUCUGGAUAAAAGCACGUCUUGGCUGUACCAUUCGCUGAACGAAGGCUCUCUGGAAGGAUACCUGCGAACAUUCUCAAGAGAAGGCAACCUGCUGGGCAAACAUUACUUCAAUUACGCCUUUUUACGGGACGAGCAGCGGAGGGAUUUGCUCAUUGGACUUUUGGCCAGUCUCCAAGGCGUCUGCUUUGAACUGGCUUUGCAAUGCUUCGACUCAAUGCAGAGUUCAGUCAACUCGCUUCCAUCGCCUGAAGAUUCUGGUGUUGUCACUGCAGACAGCGACUUGAGUGAGCGGCUGGACAGUCUGGGCGACCAAGACGACGAUUCAGCAACGUUGAACGAGUUGGAGGACAACAGAAUCAACCGCAUCAUGGAAACGGAGAAAGUAGUGUUGCGCUCUCCAAGACGCGACCCGCAGCGGCAUCUGAAGCGAGUUUCGUUCCACGAGGAGCAGAACAACAAGUGCCUGAACAAGCGGCAUAGCUGGUGCGUUGACAGUUCCAUGACGUCCAGCACCCUGAGCCUCCCUUGCGACGAGGGUGGCAUGCCGGAGGAACCUCCCACCUUUGACGAGUUCCAUACCCUUCAAGGAAAACUGGAACUCGUUAAGCAACGAAGGAAAUUAUUUCUCAAGAAGGCAGCUCUGGGCAAAAGCAAGGAAAGAAGUCUCCGCCUCUACUGGCCCGAAGCCAAAGUUAAUAAAGAGGCUUGUCGUGAAGUGGAGCUGCAAAUCAACCGCGAAAUGCAAAAGACCAAAGCUAAUAAGAAUGACGUUAUCAAUGAAGAAUCUGUGUUACUCGACAAGAGGCUUGUCAAACUUCUUCAGAGAGACAUUUUUCAAUCGCAGGAAGAAAACAUUUUGAAGGUUUUCAAAGGCUAUGGUCCACUUCUACAACCAGGAAUUUCUCCUUUGCUGAUCAUAAUUACGAGCUGCGGCGUAUACGGCGUUUGCCACUCAGACUCAAAAGUGAAACCAAAGUUUAUAUGCAACUAUAGAGAAUUAGAAGCAAUUUUGUUUGGCCCUGAUGGACUGACAGUUCUCUUUGCCACCAAAUGCAAAGAGAAACACUUGAUCUCUGUUUCUGGCGCUGCGGAAUCUCUGCCUGGAGCGAUUAUGGCUCCAGUAGAGUUGGCCAUGCGCAGAGCAAACUUGGUUCCGGCAGCUUGGCAGCAGUUGAACCUGCAAGAAAUGAAAUCCCUACGCCACAACCUUUCGAAAACAAUUCCCUCGUUGACCGGGGAGCAGAUGCUGUGGCACCAAGUGGUCCAAGUGCAGGACGCCAGCAGACAAAACGGAGCACAGGAUGCGUCCAAAGAGGGACUUCUGAUGGUCAGGAUCGGCAUUGACGGACCCUGGCAGCCGUCGUAUCUUGUUUUGAGGGACCGCGAGCUGUGGGUGUUUGGAGACGAGUUGGACCACGAGCCUCAGCUGGUGAUCGGAGUGGCGCGGUGCGUGGCGUGCGGCCGGGUGCAGCUUUCCGAGCGGCCCCACACGUUCGAAAUCCAGUGCGGGCGCAGCUCGCUGCCGCUUCAGCUGGCCGCGGCCGACGACUACGAGGUGUCGGACUGGCUGCAGGCGCUGCUGCAAGCGGCCUGCGGACAGACGGCCGCGCCGCACUUCAAACUGCAGCCUUGCGGCCUGAUGCUGACCAGCGGCCAUCUGCUGGCCUAUCGGCUCGACCGCAGCACGCCCGAACCCGUUUGCUGCACGCAGCUGGUGCACGUGACCGCCAUCAGGGCUGCGGAGUCCUCCUGGUGCGCCCUCGAGUUCGAAUGUGCGGAGGCAAAGGAGAACGGUGGCGACUGGAUCCUCUACUUCGACUGCGCAGCUCACCGCGCCGAGUUCUACCAGCAGAUGGAAGCUGCGUGGGCUAAACUUCCUCAGGCGUUACCAUUUCCUUCGACAAACUAUCUCUCAGACUUGCUGCGUCAAAAAUGCGAGGACGCGAGCACCCAGUUGCUGACCUCGUGGAAUCCUCUCCUCAACCUUGGCUGACCAAUCAGUGAUAUCGUGACUAUUCCAAUGCAUUUAUUUCUCCACGACUAGUCUUUUAGCUCAUUUCCGAUUUUUAUCUAUUUUGCCAGUUUUAGCCACUUUGAAGUGAAAGCUCAAGUAAAUCUUUGUGCAAUUACAAGCGGAACUGCUCUUCUCUGUUAGUAUCUCUGCCAGGGCUAGUCCUUAUCUCUCUAUCUGCACAUGAGUUGUGAACUUUGAAUUUUAUUUUGGUUAUUUUAAUAAAAAUUCUUUCCGCUCAUUUUUUAACUCGAAUAUGUGUCUAUUUUUUGUUAGCUUAUAUGUAUUUUUGGAGCAAAGCAGCUUUACUAUUGCAAAUAAUACUGAGAUCAACACACAUAUACUUGAUAUUACGCCAUAAUAUUCUAGAAUGUAGCCGAGUAAGUUGCUUUGAGUGUUGCAGUCUACCCGAGGGUAAGAAAGGCAAAGGCAGACAAUGAAUGAAUAAUUAAUUAUUAUAAAACUAUUAGACAUACUCUUGUACAUACACAUAAGAUAUUAUGUAACUCAUAAAAUGUAUCUUGGUGUUGCACUAUGAAAAAUUAUAGAAAGGUUUACUCAGAAGCAAUUAUUGCUAACAUUCUCAUUUGAAUCGAUCAGUAUUGAAAUUUUGUGCCAGCGGUGCUUCGUUAAUUUGUCAAUUAUGUUGUAGUUAAUGUGAUCAAGAGCUUUGCCAAAUUCGUUGCGUGAGCAAUUAUGUUCUUCUUGUUGAUCAAGACUUUAUCAUUUUUUGGCUGGUCCAGAUUGUGUGAAUUUUAUGCUGUAGGUUUUUUUGAUUAUUACAAAAUAAAAUCAAUUAUCGGCACGAA